ACCCUGAACUCCUAUCUCAUAAGGGUAGAAGAAGAAGACCAAUGUCAACAACUCGAAAUUCAAACUUGGUCUCCGAUCUCCUCUAGCGUAAUUCGUCAGCUGAUAGCAAAGUUUCAAAUUAAUCUUCGUUACUGUUUGAAAUGGCGAAGUCAGCAAUGUAUAUAGACUGUAUGCCGGAUGAAGAAAUUGCAGGUUUCCUGUCAAAAACCUUCGAAAUGCGAGUCACCACACAAGAUUUGCGGCAGCUUAAACCUGAGUUUGUCCAAAAGAUGUACUGCAGUUUCUUAGUAGAUUUUGAUGUUUCACUGGAACAAAUUAAUCAGCUUCCAUUUGAUGUUUGUGAUAGUGUCCGACAGCAUCCACAGGCAUAUGCCUCUGCAGCAAGGAUAAUGAUACUGGCAAAGGUCAUUAAUCACUUCCUUAAACGUAUCAAGAAGGAUAUUGACUUUUAUCAAGGAGAUUUAUUUGAUCCAAAUCCAAAGAGAACCAGAAAGUUUUUCUCUCUCCUUAUUGACUUUUAUAGAACUGCAAUGGAUAAUCAAGCUAGUCUUACCGCAAUUGAGGAAAAGGCAAGAAUUAAAUAUGAUGCUAAAUGUGAGAUGAUGAAAGAUAUUUCAAGAAAAGAAGAGAAACUUAGCCAACUUAAGCAUGAAAAUGAGUCUAUUCGGAUUCGUGAAGAGCAGACAUUGAAACGUAUUGCAGAGGUCAGAGGUGAAAUACAUGAACUUCAGACAGCCAAAGUGGAGAUCAAAAGUAAGUUUGACCAGAUAAAUUUAGAAGUUGCCUCGUAUGUGUCUAACAUCAAAGCUGCUGAAUUGGAGAUUUUGGAGAAAAAGGAGAGAUUAGAGAUCCUAGCCAGUCAGGUAAUACAAGCCAGUGAGCGCCAAGAGAUUGAGGAAAGGGAAAAUCGUCUCGCGUCGUACAGGAAUGAUAAUGCUGUACGGAGUGAGAGUCUCGUCUCUUUGAAAAAAGCUUUAGAAGUAAACAAAUCUGCAUUGGAUUUGAUCAGUAAUGAAUUGAUGCCAGUUUUAAAAGAUAUACAGCAAGAAAUAUCUAACACAAAGGAAUGUAAGGCAGCCAUUGCCAAGAGUGAACGAGCUAUGAGGUCUUGUCUUGAAGAAACUGAGGAGCAGGAGUUGAAGAUCCAGCAUAUCAAAGGAAUCCUAACAUCCCGGCAGGAGAAAAUAUCACAAAUGCAGAUUGCAUGGAAACUUAAAAAGGAAGUCCUUCAGGGGGAGAUUAACCAACAGAAAGAGACACUGCUUGAAAUAAUGCGCAAUCAGACAGAAGACGAAAUUGUAUCCCGAGACUUACAGAAGGAACGUAUGAAAAUCAUCCAUGAAUCUCAGAUGUUAAAGGACCAGAUCCACCAGUUUGACUUAUUUGUGGCUAAAAAUUACCAGAAAAUUCUGGCAGCAAUAGAGCAGCAUAACUGUGAAAUUCAGGAAAGUGUUACUGUUGUUGCAGAAGAGGUGUAUAAGAAAGAGUCUGAAGACUGAAAAAGGGUAAUAGAAUGAAAAUAUGUGAGUUUGCAUCCAAAAAGAUACUGUUUAUGAUGCUUUUCAAAUAUAUUUUUGAGUGCACAUUUUAUGGUACUGUCUAUACAAAGAUGCAAACUGUGCUGCAGUACCAUUAUGUAAGCAUUCUAGAUCUUUAGAUUUUACAGGCUUUCUUUAACAUACAUAUGUGGAUCAUAUUACCACCAAUAUUUUUAAUGUUUUUUACACAUUUUCUGUACGUAUAGGAAAAAUGUAUGUAUAUUUUUUCAGAAUAUUCUUGAUUGUCUGUCUUCAUAAGAUUAAAAAGCAAGAUCUCACAAAAGUUUCAGGUCAGUAGAAUAUCAUAUUUGGUGUACAGGCUGAGGAGUCUCCAUGGAUAAUUUUCUGGUAAUGCCUUGAGCUGUUGAUAUCUCAUGUUCACUCUUUCAGAGGCUGAGUUUGAAUCCCUUACUUUGUAGGGGGUAAUAAAGACCUUUGCAGUAUAUCUUUGAUCUAGCUGCAAUGCUUCUGACUUCUCUUGCUUCUUUGCCGCUGCAUUGUUGCUCAUGAGAGCUAAGACAGUCCCAUCUCUCACAAGUAACUAGCUAAUGUUUAGUAAGUUUGCUUUUGUCACUGUCUUAGUAGAGGUAAUUCCUGUGCUAGUCAGUUUUAAGAGGUUUCUUGUACCUCAGUUUUAUGGAAUUCCCUGUUCUUGAUUUCCAUAACCUUCUGAAAGUCUGUUGUAUCCUUUUGCUUUUCACUCCAGCCUUCAUUUCCUAGAUUUUCCUCAACUCCAGAGAGUUAGACUUGAUGGAGUCUGGAUUCCUAUUAAUUUUUUUCAAAAUUUUACAUAUGUAAUGAACAUUUUUAGCACAGCUUUGACACGUUAAUCAACUGUUUUCACAAGGAUUGAUGUUAUUCCCCUCAGAAGUCCAUUUGAUUUAAGUAUUUUAUCAUGUAAGGAGUGAGUACUGUAACAAUUUUUCUGUAAUGAAACUUUUGUAGGAAAUUGAACUUAAUAAAUUAUAAGGCUUAUUUGAUUAAGGGCUGCUCUAUGAGCCGGAGCCUGUGCUGGCACAAGGUCAGCUUAAUCUAAAACAACAAUAACAAGGCUUAUUUUUACACUACAUAUUACUUUUAUAAGAAGUUUGAUGUAAAUAAACCAGUUCUUAU